GUUGAGGCUCGUGUUGUCCUCAUGCAUCAUGUCUGUCGGCCACGCACCAGUCAAGUCCUGCCUCGGAUCUUUAAGAUCGGAAUUUCCAGCAUACAGCAUGGUACUGUCACAUAUAUUAAGUACCAGGAGUCGUCCCCAGCUGUCCGCAGUCUGGUUCCAACCCAAGUCGAUAAUUCUGAGACUAACGUGACAACUGCCCUCAUACGCACCCGCUCAGCGUGUGAUGUAUGCGCAACCGGGCCCUAGUCAGGCUAUGCGUCUGGCCGCAGUUUAUUCUUCCAGUACGACUAACUUUGCUGUACGACAUCGUCACCGUCAACAUCCAUACGUGAUACCUGGGAGGGAACCAUCGGCCCAGAGGCUGCCUAUUCUUCCGCGACUGAUACAGAGGAGGGAGCAUGUGCGAUUAGUCAUACAGAACAUCGAGAAAGAUAUCCAAACCAUACUCGCGCAAACAGGAGGCUGUCCAGACGAAGCAUGGACGGCAAAGUUGGAAAGAAUGCAUGUGAAUCUCCACAAGAACAAGACUCUCUUGGUCAGAGGGGACCAGGCCAUUCAGCAGACCUCAAACCCCAAUAACAUACUUGGAGCAAACCUAGCGCAUCUUAAUACGAUGGCCUCUGCUGCUGGUCCAGUAGGUAUUAUGCAGGGCGGUGGAAUGUCCCAGCAACCCUGGCUGCAGUCAGUCAGUCCGACUCCAGGGUUUGGAUUGAACCCUGGAAUUGGCGCUCCUACGACAGAUCAGCGAAGCGCCAAUGGGAUUCCACCCCCGCAUAUGGCUGGGACAAACCCCACGAUACAGUCAGGACCCAUUCUACCGCCAACUCAGGAACAGCUCGCACACGCAAUGGACGUGAUCCAGAAUCUGAAACGAGUUUUCUCAGCAAAACCACCAACGAUGCAACUGCACGCAUUGCCAGACGACCAGCGAAUGGAGUACAAUCAGCUACUAGAGCGGCUUCACAAGAUGACUCGGGACCUCGAUGCCAAGCUACCAAUGUACUGUAUUGUUUUGGGGUCGGAUGACAUGAUCCGCAAUCUCGUCGCAAUUGUAUCAUUGGUGGCACAUCAAAGGACCCUUCAUUUGACAAGGUCAAACCUGGUCAUAAUCGAUCCCUCCGCUCUAAAGAGCAUGUAUACCUUACUUCGGAAUGCCAUCGAACGCUUCGAACACCACAUGAUGGAAUUCGCCAUCGCCCCGCAACAAACGGGUGGUGAACUUGCCGAUCUUCUCAUAAAUCGACCAUUUCAUCCACCCACCAUUCCCAACGACAUUCCCUCCACUCAGUCCAUCCUCCAAAUUUCCAUCCCAGACUUAACUGGACUCAUCACGCGAUGCAGCCAAGACCCCGUUUCCGGUGGUACAUACGGGAAUAUUUACAAAUGUAUAUACCACGGACCAGAGGGCGACGUAAUGGUCGCCGUCAAAGCAAUGCGACCGCAGUUCUUCAAUACUAAGAUAAUGUUCGUAUUUCGGAGAGAGCUCGGGAUUUGGAAGAGGUUGCAACACCAUAAUAUCUUGAAAUUCAUGGGCACAACUGAAGACUUUGGCUCCUCUGUGGCUCUGGUUGCUCCAUGGAUAGUCAACGACACUCUGACGUCAUUCCUCAACAACAACAGCAAGACCCUCACGCUGCGUGAUCGUCUGCUUCUGCUCCGUGACGUAGCCGCUGGCCUCCACUAUCUUCAUACGUUUAGCUUCACUGUAGACGGACACACAUACUCUAAUCCAGUCGUCCACGGAGACCUCACUGGUAACAAUGUCCUCAUCGGUAGUGAUAGAACUGCAUACCUUGCAGACUUUGGCCUUUCAGGAACUUUAACUAAAUUGCCCGGUAUGACGUACCUCGCGAAGAUGAGCCUCCAUCCAGGAGCACUGAGAUGGGCGGCCCCUGAACUUCUUUCUGUGGAACAAUCAGCGUCUGCAGUCACCACUCAGAGCGAUAUCUACUCCUUGGGUAGCAUCAUGCUUCAGGUUCUGACGGGAAAUGUCCCUUGGCAUCAGUUGACAAAUGAUUUCGCAAUCUGGUUGAAGGUGAUUGGAGGUGAAAGAAAUCCUCGUCCAGAUCCUUGUUAUGUUACUGACCAGCAAUGGUGUUUUAUAACCCGUUGCUGCUCUGAGACACCCAUGGGACGGCCUUCUGCCGGGGAAGCACUUGAGUUUCUUGAAAGCGAGCUCGCUUGAUGCGGGAUGUAAUUCAUUAUUUCAUAUUUACAAGUGAUUACCUGUAGUCAGUGACCCGCAGUUUGAUAAUAUUAUGGACUGACAACAUGUUGAGC